CCCCCCCCCCCGCUUCACCUCCACUUCCUGUCCUCUCUGGGCGGACGUAACAGUUUCCAAAUGUGCCCACGUUGAGCUCAACAACCCCUCAAAACCUCCGAGGUCCAACUUAAGGGUCUGAACUUGUGCAGGAACUUACUAACUUUACUCAGCUGUGUCUUGAGCUUUAAGGACCUUUUUGUCCAUAAAAACUGCAAGAAGAAGACCGUGAGGAGCAGUUGAAAGCUCCAUUAUCUGUAGUAUUGGUGUAAGGAAUGGCUGCACCUACGGAGAAUCUCAUAAUCGAUCAAUCUGUUGAGUACUUUCAGAUUAUUAGAUUUUAGUUUUUAUUGGAAAAAGCUUCUUUCGAUGUUGUUAAGCUCGACCAGUUUGUCCAAUGUGAGAUUUAAUAUCUUUAUAAAUGUAAAAUAUUUGAGUUGAAACAAAGCAAAGACGUGUUCUUGGUCUCUGUUCCAGUGUUUUUAUGACAUUUUAUUUGUAUUUUAACAUAUAAAUAAAUGAACUGUUUGUAGAUGUUUUAUAAAUCAAACCCUCAUAUUUUGAGUUUUAUGAUUAUUUAUUAUUCAUGAUUAUUAUCCGUAGCAGGUUGUUUCCCGUUAAACAGCUGCUUUAGAGAAGUCACUCCGUCCACUGAUGGUCCCAUUGACCUCUGAGGCUUCUGGGUAAUGGAUCCAUGUGUCCCGCCUCCAGCAGGCCCUGAUUGUAAUGAGGCGGGGGGGGGGGGGGGUCACGAGGUCAGCAGUGGUUCAGGAGAACAGGUGUCCUUCAGUCCAUGAAGCUUGUUUCAGUUUGAGGAGAUUAGUUUUUAGAGGUUUGAUCAUAAAAGUCUGGAUUCAUGUGUUGAUCAAGAAUAUAUGAACCAGUUUAUGAAGCAAUCGUUUGACGUACAAGAAGCCGGUUUAAGGAACUUUAUAGGCUUUGAAUCGUUCUACUUUGGCACCAGUUUGAUCGUUACCUGAAGGAGAUGAAGGAGACUGUGGGGACAUCGAGGUGGUCACAGAGACGAACUGUAACAUGUUAGAGAUGUUUAAAUAAGCUUUGUUUUCAUCACAUCCAGUUCUUAGUCUCCGUUGUUGUUGUUGAUGUCUUUUGGUUUGAAGCUCAGAAAGAUAAAAGGUUUUACUUCACAUUCAUUUAAGAUUUUGUGACAUAAUUAAGUCGUCAUUUAACUUUAACAUCUCAUGUUAGGAGAGUAGAAACGGAUCCUGCAGGAUGACCAACUUGAUGUGUUCCAGUCCUGGAUUUUGACCUGAAGAACGAGACCUAAAAGAGAUUUAGAAACCAGCGUUCCCGUUGUGAAUCGGACUCUUCUUGUCUCCGACAGAACAAGAGGAGAACUUUGAGUUCACCAUCGUGUCUCUGACGGGGCAGACGUGGCACUUUGAAGCCACUUCGUACGAGGAGCGAGACUCCUGGGUCCAGGUGAUCGAGAGCCAGAUCCUGGCCAGCCUGCAGUCCUGUGAGAGCAGCAAGAACAAGUCUCGUCUGCCCAGCCAGACGGAGGCCAUGGCUCUGCUGUCCAUCAGAGGAAUCAGAGGAAACGGCCGCUGUGCCGACUGUGAAGCUCAGAACCCAGACUGGGCCAGCCUCAACCUGGGGGCCCUGAUCUGCAUCGAGUGCUCGGGGAUCCACAGGAACCUGGGCACCCACCUGUCCCGGGUCCGGUCUCUGGACCUGGACGAGUGGCCGUUGGAGCUCAUCAAGGUGAUGUCGGCCAUCGGGAACGAGCUCGCCAACGGCGUGUGGGAGGCCAACGCACAGGGGCGCCUCAAACCGGCUCCGGACGCCAGCAGGUAGGAGGAGCCUGUACCUCAGUUAAAAAUACUCAAAGUACCUCUGCUGUGUAUUUAGGGGCAGUACCGUCAGCUGCACAUAGGGGGCAGUGUUUGAUAAAAGAAAACAAACAUGGCGACGGCCAAAAUCCAAGAUGGCCAAAAACCAAGAUGGCGAUGGCCACAAACAAACAUGGCGACGGCUAAAAUCCAAGAUGGCGACAGCUAAAAAUCCAUAGGGGGCAGUGUUUCUCUCAGGAUGUGAUGCGCAUCGACCUCACAGGCUUGUUUCUGAGUGUUGUCUUGUAGACUACAGGGAUCGUAACAAAUGGGUGAACUUUAGCGUGACGUUGGUGUGUGUGUGUGUGUGUGUGUGUGUGUGUGUGUGUGUGAUUAUCGGCCGCUGCAGCUUUGGGAAGCCAGCAGCCAUCAUAACAAAUUAGAGCUGACUGCCAUCCACAGAAAGAUCGACUUCCCCGUCCUCGCCCUGCUCUCACCCCCCCAACGCUCAUUAGUCAACAGAAGCACCUUAUAACCACCCCCCCC